AUGGCUCCUCAAGAUGGCAUCGCGACCAUCUACGGGGUCCCGACGAAAUACGUGUCGCUACUGACCCUCGUCGUCCAAAACUCCUCGCUCGUCCUCAUCAUGCGGUAUUCCCGAAUCCUGCCUGGACCACGGUACCUCAGCUCGACGGCCGUCGUGUUGUCCGAACUCCUCAAAUGUGUAAUCUGUCUUUGGUUGCACCUCCGCGAACAACGGUCCCAGUCGCAGUAUUCGAAACUGCCGUCGUUCGCAGGCGACGACAGCAGCGGCGCAUUCCCCAACCAUUCAUCAUACACCUUCCAGCAGCUUUGGGCCGACAUAUUCAGCGUCAAGAGCGGCUUCUUCAAACUCCUCGUCCCCGCCGUCCUCUACACCCUGCAAAACAACUUACAGUUUGUGGCUGCGUCCAACCUCGACGCCGCCACGUUCCAAGUCACGUACCAAUGCAAGAUCCUAACCACGGCCCUUUUCGCCGUGCUCAUGCUGGGCCAGACGCUGUCGGGAAAGAAGUGGCUGGCGCUCGUCAUCCUCACCGCGGGCGUAGCGUGCGUUCAGAUCCCCUCGCCGGGGAGCAGCAGCAGCACGCAGAACAAAACCAAUCAAGAGGGCAACUACAUGCUCGGCAUCGUGGCCGUGGCCGUGGCGUGUCUCUGCUCGGGCUUCGCGGGCGUGUACUUUGAAAAGGUGCUCAAGGGCGGCCACUCGGCCUCGAUCUGGGUGCGCAACAUCCAGCUCAGCAUCGGCUGUCUCGCCAUCGCCCUCUUCGGCGCCUACAUGUGGGACGGCGAGGCCAUCCGCGCGAACGGCUUCUUCCAGGGCUACAAUCCAAUCGUGGUCCUGACCAUCUGCACCCAGGCUGCUGGCGGGCUCAUCGUGGCCAUGGUGAUCAAGUACGCGGACAACAUUCUCAAGGGCUUCGCCACCUCCCUGUCUAUCAUCCUCUCAACCGUCGCGUCCGUCUUCAUCUUCGACUUCACGCCGACUAUUUUCUUCUUGUUUGGCUCGGUUCUCGUCUUCUACGCCACGUAUCUAUACAGCAUGCCCGACGCGCCCAAGGCGAUUGGUACCGCUGCGAAACCUAACGCCGGACCCGACGCUGAGAAGUCGGCCACGUCCAACAACCCGCCGAUCGUCAACGUCAAAGACUAG